UCUCCUGAAGAUCCGCAUCACCACCAGACGCCUCGUCACAGGUUCCUUACGCCUACCGAAUGGGGAAUUAUUGCUCACGGGAUUGGUGGCAUCCGGGAUCGGGAACAGCAGGCGCCAAUUCAUCCAACCAGUUGGAUCUGGCCUCCAAAGGGCAUGCCUCGGGGCUUGUACAAGGACACUGUAACUCAGCGUACCAAGUUCUUCUAUCUCUACCAUGCGUCUAGUGGCAUCAGGUGGAUCUUGAUGCUGUUGCAGCUCUUCAUUGGGGCGACGCUGACUGCACUUGGCUCCAUGUCCUUUGAACAAGGUACUCCAAUCACGGUUUUGGGGGCUGCAAACACCGUCAUCGCCGGGCUCCUCGCCUUCUUGCAGAACAGUGGUCUGCCUGAUCGCUACCGAUUCGACAAAUCCGAGUUCGAAGCGCUGGAGGACCACAUCAAGGAAAUCCUCGACUCCGGCAUUGCUCCAGCGGACCAAGCUACUGACCAGAUCCUUGCGGAGUGCUUCGACUUAUAUCAAGAUGCCAAAGCAACGGUGUCUGCAAAUCUGCCGGCCAACUAC